AUGUAUUGGACUCCCAGUGCAGGCAUUGUUACACAGAGUUUGAAAUUAAUUAACCUCAGCUCAAUGGAUCUGGGUGAUGUCAACUUUGUCCGAAUUAAUGCGGCACAAUUUGCCACAAAUCGAGAAACUGACUGCAAUACAAUUGGUGAUUGGGGUCUCACGGGUAAAGUGAUACUCACCAAAAGUGACCGUUUUCAACAUGAAGUUAUGGGACAUUCUUAUGAGACACGACUUGGUGGUGUUGGAGAUUGGCCACAAUUGGCAACGAAUGAUGAGAUGGUGGACAAAGUGUUAAACCUAUUGACAGUGAAAGGAGACAGAGUUUGUAACAUAAGUCUGUCACCCGAUUACCAGACCUUCCGCAGCAAUAUAUGCCUCAAGAAGAUCAUUGUGGACGACGACUCGUCCAAAGUGUGGUCACUGUAUGACUGCGGCCCCAAGAACGUGGUCUGUCCGCUCAUAUGUCUGCCACCAGUCAGUGGAACCGCUGAUGUAUUCUUCCGACAACUCAUGGACUUGUCAUCGAAGGGCUAUCGAGUGAUUGCCGCCGAAUAUCCCAUCUAUUGGUCGCUCAGGGAAUUCAUCAAUGGUUUCAGCAAACUCUUAGAUCACCUCAACUUCGAGAGGGUCCACGUAUUGGGCGCUUCUUUGGGCGGAUUCUUGGCCCAGAAGUUCGCCGAAAGCAGUCAUCAAAGUCGACGCAUUCACUCACUCUUUCUGGUCAAUAGUUUUGCAGACACUUCGGUCUUCAAUCACACCGAUUCAGCCGUCAUGUUUUGGAUGACUCCCACCACUCUCCUUAAGAAAUUAGUGAUGGGAAGCAGUUCUAUGCAAACCAAUUCCACGGAUCAAUCCAUAUUAGAUGCCAUUGAGUUUAUGGCUCAAAAAUUAGACACUUUAUCACAACCAGAGUUGGCGUCAAGACUUACUCUCAAUUGUCUCAACUGUUAUGUCGAACCACAGAGACUGCAGAAGUUAGACAUAACUCUAUUGGAUGUCUUCGAUCACUGCGCUCUGAGUCAAUCAGUUCGCGACGAGUUAUACAAACUAUAUCCCGACGCCCGAAGAGCUCAUCUCAAGACUGGCGGCAAUUUCCCGUACCUGAGCCGGUGGGAGGACGUGGAUAUGCACCUCACCAUCCAUUUGAGACAAUUCCAAAACACCAAAUAUGCGGCCGCUUCCGAGCAAAUAGAAGUGGGAACUCCUGUAAUGGACGACUCCCUACAGACUGAACUGCUCUUUGAGUGAUCAUACGCUCAACCAAUGGCUCAUUCAAUGAUUGGCUAUUUAUUUAAGUGUCAAAAACAGUGAUAUUUAACAUGUUUUGAUAUUUUUUAUUAUAAUUCUAGAAAUAUUUUAAUACAAAUACAGUUAUGUGUUAUAACAUUAAGUGAUUGAGAUUUAUAUGACAAAUGUAUUGCCAAUAA